AUUGGCGUGUGGGAGACAGUUUUGAGCAAACAACUUUUGAUUUCUUCAGGUAUAAAUUAACGGUGCUCUCUAGGGACCCAGUAGCGCUGUUGUUUUACCGGAGUUCCGUCUUGUCUAGCUGUCUAGCGGAGUGUACUCACCAUGAAGCUGCUGUUUGUCUUGCUGGUGGUCCCGAUGGUUUUGGCCGGGGAUUUCGCCAAGAUGUGGUCUGAGAUGGAGGAGAAACUCAAGAGUAAGGGGUGGGGGGAGGAGGACAGGAAGGAUCUGGGUCACAAGUUUGGCCAAGGGAACGAUCAAGAUAAGAAGUGGGGGGACAAAGAGGUUAAAGGUUGGGGGGAGCAGGACGAAAAGAAAGGAUGGGGGGAGAAAGACGAUGAAAAGAAAGGUUGGGGGGAGAAAGACGAUGAAAAGAAAGGUUGGGGGGAGAAAGACGAUGAAAAGAAAGGUUGGGGGGAGAAAGACGAUGAAAAGAAAGGUUGGGGGGAGAAAGACGAUGAAAAGAAAGGUUGGGGAGACAAAAAAUCUAAAGGAUGGGGUGAUGACGACCGUAAAGGCAGAAAGAAUGAUGAUGAUGAACACAGAAGAAGGCGACACGAUGAUGAUGAUGAUGACGAACACAGAAGAAGAAGAGACGAUGACGAUCACAAAUCCGCCUUCGAACAGUUCAAAUCUUGGAUCAGCGGCGGCGACAGAGAAGACAACGGUGAAUUCAAAGAUUACAUGCAGAGAAACGUCUUCAAGUUCAAAGAAUAUGUUAGGGCUAAGGAGAUGAGAGAGAAGCAAGAGAGAGACGCUAAGAUGGCCAUCUACAAGCAGAUGGAAAAGGUCCACAUGAAGAAGAUGUUGACAGAGAAGCUCUCAUCCCUCUCUCACGAGUACAUGUACCAGAAGCUGAGCUUCAUGUACGCCAUCACUGGUCACUUCCUCGAGUUCUGCAAGUGUGACAGCUCUAAGGACAUUCUACAAAGAGUCCACGACGGCACGUACGGCAGCGUGGACAUGAUAGACGACGGCAACCAGUACCCUACAGUCGACUACUACAGCGUCGACGGCAACUUCUCCAGUCUAGCCAACUCUAGCAUCGCUGCCUACCUGAGCGACCCCUCAAAGAAACAGGAGAGGAUCAAGUGGUUCGCUGACCUUGAACUUCAGGAGCAGUUCAAGUUCGUGUUGAAUGAGUACAUCAACGUCAUGUGUAGCGGGGCCAAGCAGUUCACCAGCAUGUUGGUGCGAGCCGAGCCAGAGUUGGCCCAGUACAGGAGGAACCACCAGUUCUAAGGUUUCUGAACGGUCGAUUAAAAAAAAGAACAAUCUCAAAAAGUGGAUUAGCAGAAUUUUUUUAUCCUAAGAAAUUAAUUUGGUAACUUUUAAACCUAUGCCAUAAUGUUUUCAUCUUUUCAUAAAUUUGAUAAAUAAAUGUAUUAUUUAUUAA